AUGUCAUCUGAUCCGGUCACGGGCAGCCUAGCUACUGCAGGCGAGUCAGCAGCCGAAGCCUCGACCUCGGCCCUCCCGACCACCUCAUCAACAGCUACGGAAGCGCCGACAGCGGGACCGUCGCUCUUUGACCCUCUAUUCGAGGCCAAGAAUAGCCUCAACCACCAAUCGGAAGCAUCCACUCAGCUGCACCCACUCAACUCGGCGCUCCAGUCUCUCUACUCGGCUUCGACUUCCGACGGCCGACUGUCUCGUGACCAGUAUCGUCAACUUAUCGCUCAGAUCCGACACUCUCUCUCGCAGUUUGCAGCGACGAAUCCUGCUCUCAAGUCACAGCAGUCCUCAUACUCAGCACAACAAGCUGUAUCAGACCCAACCGCAUCGAAUCAGCUGCGGCGAUACAUCUCGCUGCUGACAGAGACGUCGACGCACACUGCCGCACUUGCGCAUUCCAUUGCUCCGAUCAAGUCGGCCGAUCGUCCAACCAACAGCGCAGCCACUCGGCCCAGCGCGUCACUGUCAUUUCCGCGGCAGCUUCAAACGGGCGUCUUCUUGCCAAGCACAGUCGAGCAACCAACCUCGAGCUGGGAGGCGGCGCUGCAAACUUUGGCGGCUCUGUGCGAAACCCUCGACAGCACAGCAAAGUCUCUCGGUCUCGAGACCUUCUCUGAGCCAUCACCAGAUGCAGCAGCGCCUACGAGAUCGUCACCCAGCGAUGUUCUAACUCACACGCUGACAUUGGGAGCAAAGAUUCUCGUCAUCGAUAUCGAGCUGCACGUCGUCAAGGACAGCGCGCUCGGAGGAUUCCGUCCGAAAGCAAAGCUCAAGCUCUCUUACGCAACCGACUCGCCAGAUCCGCAACACGCUCGCGAUCCUCGACUUGGCGCCGUCCUCGAGCGUGAUGUCCAACUGAUCGCGGAUAAGCUCUUCGGACCUGCAGCAUCGAGCGCACUCCAACAAGACAGGACCGUGGUCGCUCGAGCGUUAACAAAUUGGACGAGCAAUCUCAAUGAGCUGCUGGUUCUCGACGACCUCGAGGCCAGGGCAAGCGAGGCCGCCUCCGAAGGCUCAAGAUCCACCGACCUCUUCGCCGCUAUGCAGAACCUCUCCGUCGCUGCGAAACGCGUGUCCGACGCUGAAGCUGCUUCAUCCUCCGCAAGCAUGCUGGACGGCGGACACGGUGUGCAUAAGCUGCACGAGUCGAGACCGUUCCUACACGCUGUCUUUGCGCACGAUCCAACGUCGAAGCAGGACUACACGCUGUCGCUCGGCGUCCAGGCUUUGGACCUUCCCACUGCCGAGCAGACGCUUGCUUAUGCGACCACGCCAUCAUUCCCUCUGUCACAGGCCGCGCAGGAUCUCUUGAGCGCGUCCGCCGCCUCCGACCCAGCCAAGCACCUCGGCUCUGUACCGUCUCCGGUCGACGCAAAGAAACGCAUCCCUUUGCACUUUAUCGUGCGGCUCGACCCGCCUGUGGUGGUCUCGAGGCCAACAGCGGCCAAGCUCGCGUCGAUCUGCAACCUCAAGCAAACUCCUCCCCACAAUACCGCCGCUGCGCCAGCAGCUCCAUCAGGCGCAACGUGGUUCGAAGACGUACUUGCCGCAUCGUGGUCUCAGCGCGCUUCGCAGGAUGCACGCAGACCCACGCGAUGCACCUUCACACUGGCACAGACCAUCGAGAGCGUCCGCAGCACCCAGGAGCAAGGGCUGGUGAUCGAUUCGCUGCCUCUUCUCUCCCCUGCAUCGGGUAUCGAUGCCAUGGACGAGAGCGAUGCCACACGCAAAGGAGGGUCGACUCUGGCUCGGCUCUUUGCCGCAAUCGAGGUGCUGAGGGACGAAGUCAAGGUGACGGAGCUCAUGCACUCGGCGAUCGCUACCAGUGAAACGACUGCAGAAGUCGCCAAUGGCAAGGCAGAUGAUCUGUCGCUCGACGAUCUCCUCUCCUCUGGAUCGAAUGGUGCUGGCAGCAAGAUUCCCGUGACGCUUGCUUUCCACACACCGAUCCAAGGCGCGACAGACGAGUCGCAACAGAACCUCAGCCUUCGGCUCGCCUUCCGGGUGCUGGCGGACACUGGCGCCACCGUCGCCUUCGACGCGACCAUCUCGCCCUCCAAGCGCACAUCCGAGUCGGGGUGGCUGCUCUCCGCUGUCGCUCGACCCGAGUCGUCGGACAAAGAAGCCCGUCUCGACAGCGAUUCCCCUGAGGCACAGAGCAUCAUCGCCAAACUGACCGACCUGUCCUCGCUAGAAGACGUGGUCAUCGGCCUCGUUGAUUGGGCGGCACAGUCACUCAGUCUCAACCUGCAGAAGCCAACAGCGCAGGAGAAUGGCUUCAACCCGCUGGAUUACGAGCAGCAGAACGUCCAUGCGAUCUACGAGACGAUCGCGCCGCAUUUCAGCAAUACGCGAUACAAACCGUGGCCAUUGAUCCCGGCAUUCCUGUCGACCGUCCCGCCAGGCAGCCUGGGUGCGGAUCUAGGUUGUGGGAAUGGCAAGUAUCUUCCCAUCCGAUCCAUCCUCACUUCGGGCGGGGACGGGGAGAACAGCCUUCUGACACUCGGUGUCGACCGCUCGAGCAACCUAGUUGGGCUGGCGCAACACAACUUUCCAUCGGCACAGCCGAACGCGAGACACGAAGUGACGGUGGGUGACGCGCUCGCCUGCUCUCUUCGGGCAGGUGUUUUCGAUUACGCCAUCAGCAUUGCCACUAUCCAUCAUUUCAGCACGCGCGAGCGGCGCAUGGCGAGUGUGCAGGAGCUCAUCCGACUGCUCGCGCCCUCUGACGCCGCCAGCAGCGAUUCUACUGGAGGAGCGAGUAGCGAUCCACGGAUGACCGGCAGUGGUACCGGUCGAUUUCUGAUCUUCGUCUGGGCGCUCGAGCAGGGCGACGAAGGCAAACGUCAAUUUCAGGGCACCGGUGGGAAGGAGAUCGACGAUCCGAAUCACAGCAAGAGCAAAGACCGCUUGGUGUCGUACAGCUCCUUGGGGGAGGAGCAGGAUGUGUUGGUGCCUUGGGUGUUGUCCAAACCGAAACCGCCGAAGGCGAAGGGAGCGCCGGCGGCCAAGGCGAAGAGGAAGGACAAGAUUUCGAGCGCAGAGGAGAUCCAGACGGGACUCGAGAAGCUCGACGUCAACCCGCCCGCGCCCGAGAAAAAGGUGGAAGAAGAGAGACCCGUGUACAACCGCUACUACCACAUGUUUUGCGCGGGCGAGCUCGAGACGCUUGUCGCGGAGGCGGCGGCUAGUAUGCCGGCUGUACACCGACGUGGUGGUGCCCUCGAAAAGGUGCGGGUGGUGAGGGAAUGCGGUGGAUGGGAGAGGGGCAAUUGGUGGGGCGUGUGGCAGGUCAGGUGGGCCGAGUGA